CAUGGUCGCGGUGGCCGGCGGUGGCAGCGGCGGCGGAGGAGGACGAGGAGGGCGACGAUGCAGCCGCGCGGUGGCGGUGGCGGUGACCGGGCGGCCGUGAGGAAGGGGCCGUGGACGGCGGAGGAGGACGAGGUGCUGCACCAGCACGUCCGCGAGCACGGCCCCCGCGAAUGGAGCUCCAUUCGAUCCAAAGGCCUCCUCCCCCGCACCGGCAAGUCCUGCCGCCUCCGCUGGGUCAACAAGCUCCGCCCCGACCUCAAGACGGGUUGCAAGUUCUCGUCGGAGGAGGAGCGGGUGGUGAUCGACCUGCAGGCGCACUUCGGGAACAAGUGGGCGAGGAUCGCGACGUACCUGCCCGGCAGGACGGACAACGACGUCAAAAACUUCUGGAGCACGCGGCAGAAGCGCCUCGCCAGGAUCCUAAGGGCGCCGCUGCCCCGCAGGAGGUCAGCCUCAGCCGCCGCCAAGCACGGCGGCGGCGGCGGCGGCGGCGUAGGCGCGGCUUCAUCUUCUGCGGCGUCCAACUCUCAUGAGGCGGCAGCGGCACGCGCUUCCGAGGUGACCCUCUUCUCUUGCUUGCUUUCUCUGAAGAAAAACCGAGAUGGAUUUGUUGCUUCUGAACUGGACAGCGAUCACCCUGUUUCUGAACCUGAUUUUGUGCCUCUGUUUCCCUGA